AUGGGGACGUUAUCUUCCUCCUCCGCUUCCCACCUAAUACGCUGCCGUUUCAUCCUCCGGCCGACUCCUCCCUAUUUUCAUUCUUCAUUAAAACCCAAAACCAAACAGCCCCUCAUCCUUCCCCUCCAAACUUCAUCGUAUUUUUCCACCCGAAAUCUCGCCGCCUGUCCUCCCAUCUCCACGCGCCGCCUCUUCUACUCUUCCACUCCUCUCUUGCACGAGCUCGCCAACGACAGUGUUGUUUUUCAUAACGAACAAGACGAUUUUGAUGAGAAUGGAAAAAUUGAAUCGAAGAUAGAUACUGUGAAUAUCGCCGUUAAAGAGGGCAUAACGAGGGGUUUGGAUUUGAAUGCUCAGCGAAUAAAGUCAUCUAGUUCGAAGUUACCAACUCUUACUGUGAAAGAGAAGAAAGAAUUGGCAUCGUAUGCUCACAGUUUGGGGAAAAAGCUUAAAUCUCAACAGGUGGGAAAGUCUGGAGUGACAGACACCGUCGUCACCGCAUUGAUUGAAACCCUUGAAGCUAACGAGCUUCUCAAGCUUAAAAUACAUUCUAAUUGUCCCAUGGAAUUGGAUGAUGCUGUGAAGCAAUUAGAGGAAGCGACUGGUUCUGUCGCUGUUAGUCAGAUCGGUAGAACUGUAAUUCUUUAUAGGCCGAGCCUGACCAAGCUAAAGGAAGAAGAAGAGAAGAGGAGACGGGCUCAGGAGGUUUUUGCUAGAAAACAACGAGCAUUGAAUCGAUCAUCUCAGAGUAGAAGACCAGUGGCAGUGGGAGCUCAAGAACAAAGACCACAUGGUCGUGGUCGGCGUGGAAGUAGCAGAUAUUGA